AUGUCCCUCCGCUCGGUCAUCGCCACGGCCUCGCGCGCCGCCGGCCGCAGGGCAUUCACCGCCUCGGCCGCCCGCCGGUCAGACAACCUCAUGAUGCACCGCGACUCGGCGCACAACAACGCGGGAAUCCCCUUCUCGUUCACGCCCGCGAACCAGAAGGAGAUCGAGAAGGUGGUCGCAAAGUACCCGCCGCAGUACAAGAAGGCGGCGGUGAUGCCAGUGCUUGACAUUGCGCAGCGUCAGAACGGCGGCUGGGUCAGCAUCUCGGCCAUGAACGAGGUUGCUCGUACCCUCGACAUGCCCCCGAUGCGCGUGUACGAGGUCGCCUCUUUCUACACCAUGUACAACCGCGAGCCUGUUGGCAAGCACUUUGUGCAGCUGUGCACGACGACGCCGUGCGUCCUCGGCGGCUGCGGUUCGGACAAGAUCCUCGCCGCGAUUGAGGGUCACCUCGGCCUCAAGUCUGGCCAGUCGACCAAGGACAUGGAGUUUACGUUCCUCGAGGUAGAGUGCCUUGGCGCUUGCUCCAACGCCCCCAUGAUGCAGAUCAACGACGACUACUUCGAGGACCUCACGCCCGAGAGCACCAUCAAGAUCCUCGAGCAGCUUGCGCGCGGCGAGAAGCCCAAGAUCGGACCUCAAUCUUCCCGUCUCGGCGCUGAGAACUCUGCCGGCCUCACCACAUUGACCUCCAAGCCUUAUGGCCCCGGCGACCACUGCCUCCCCGAGUUCCAAUAG